AUGGCAGAGCAGAAGGAGUUCUCGUCCUUUGACGAGAGCGCCUGGAAAGCCCAGGAUGCGGCCGACGAUCGCGAAAUCGCCCGAUUGCUGGAAGAGAGCCAAGAUGGUGCGAAUGGCGGGCUCAAGCUUGACGACGCGCCGUUUGACCAGACCGAUAAAGCCGAAGAUGCGCAGGACUUCGAGGACAUCAGUGACGACGACCUUCCAGAAGAAGAGCCUAGUGCCGCCACCUCUCUAGAAUUGCCCGGACUAACCGACGACGGAGGGACGAGCAACGACGCAGACGACUUAUUCGGCGAAGGCCCAUCUUCACCAACCGACACCAUUUUGGGACCCCCUUCGCCUGCUACUCGUGUUCGCAGUGCUGAUGCUGGUGACGAGUCUCACCCCGUCGACUCUAGCCUCAGCUUUGCCGCCAUCAACUUCGGCCUGGACACGCACAUGAACGGUGCUGCUAACCAGGAUCCUGAUAUUCCGGCCCCGGCGGAAACGGUGGAGGAUUUGCUCAAGGCAACUUGGCCCGCUUUCAAGAAAGGUCGGAUCCUCACUUGGAGUGAGCUCCUGCCACCCAAAAAGGCCAUUUGGAAGGAGAAGAAGCCUCUGAAAAAACCCAAACCACUCGUGACGAGCAAGUUGAGCCUAGAUCUGUCUGCGGAUCAGGAAAAGAUGUUUCGCAUUCCAGGGACAGCAACGGGAUCUAAACAGCGCGCCAUGGACAUGUCUUUUGCAGGUCUGGUUCGAUGUGAAGAGGAUGCAGUCGGGGAAGGCGAGGACACGUCGCAGUUUGAUCUAGAUCAAGAAUCGGACUCGGAAACUGUCAUGGGGUUCAGACUGCGGGAUAUCGACCUUGCCUGCGAAGAUUUCGACUCACGAAUCCUUUCCGUCGAAAGUGACUUCCAGAGAUACCAGGCCGCGGAGGAGUCCUCGGAAAGGAAGCGGCCUAUCGAGGAGCAAGACGAGGAAUGGGACGCAGAGUUUUUGGCAGACACGGCAGAGACUGCAGCCGAAAAGCAUCAACGACCGCGAAAAAGAAGGGCGAUUCAAUUCGGGCUACCCGAGAUCCCGCGUUACAGCGCCCCAACGUUUGAUAACUUUGAAGACGCCACGAAACGAGGAUCCAAACGAGUGCAGCUGGACAUGAGUGACCCUCAUCUCCUCCUCGACGCGGAAUUGCAUGUGCGCACCAAGCGGACCUGUCCAGACUCCAAAGUCAAGAGGAUGGCAAACGGAAACAUGGGCCGGGACAUAUCCCAGCGGUUCAACAUCUCAAACGACGAGGCAUAUGAGCUGCUGAAAGAAAACCAUCAGAGCAAGGUUCGUGCCACGCUGGGAAACAUUUCCGUGGAGCACAGUAUGCCAGCCAUCAAGCUCUCAUGGCCCUACUACAAGGUGAAGCUUGGCGGCACUACGGACGAGUACCAUCGGCCACGCUUCCGCUACAAAAAAUUUGCUGGCCACGUCAUCAAAUUCGAGAAGCCCCAGCAUCAGAGGCGUAAGCUGAUGAAGGGCAAAGCCCACGAGGUGUUCCGCUGGUCAAGGGACCUAAGUCUCAGCGACAACUCGACGGCGGUGCUCUUCGAGUACUGUGAGCCCAGACCGCGAGUUCUCAACAAUUUCGGCAUGGGCAGUAAGCUCAUCAACUACUACCGCCGGAAAGACAACAACGACGACGAGCAGUUGCCCAAGCAAAGUUUGGGCGAGUACCGUAUGCUGCUCCCGGAAGACAGAUCGCCAUUUUCUCUUUUUGGCACCGUGGAUGCAGGGGAGACGGUGCCCACCCUGCACAACGAGAUGUAUCGGGCUCCAGUCUUCAAGCACGCACCCCGCGGUACCGAUUUCCUGGUCGUGAGAAGCACCACUGGCGUCAGGGGCUCCAAGUGGUAUCUGCACAAGAUCGAUCACCUGCAUGUGGUGGGCCAGACUUUCCCCUCGGUAGAUGUGCCAGGUCCGCAUAGUAGGCGAGUUACGAACGCGUCGAAGAACCGGAUGAAGAUGCUAGCUUUCCGCAUGAUACGGCACAGCAAGUCAGACAACUGCCAGCUGUCGGACAUGACGAAACAUAUCGCGGAAUCCACCGACACCCAGAACCGGCAAAAACUGAAGGAAUUCCUUCAGUACGACAGGGACAGCGGCGAGAAGGGAAUGUGGCGCCUGAAGCCCAGCGAGAUCCUGCCAGACGAGAAUGCGAUCCGCGCCAUGAUCAAGCCGGAGGAGGUCAGCCUAUUGGACGCCAUGCAGCUCGGUAUCAAGGAGCUGGAGGAUGCCGGAUACGACCCCAGAAACGCAAACAUUGAUGACGAUGUCGUCGACGUCGACGUCGAGGAAGAGGAGGAGGAUGAAGGAGGUGCAAGCAAGGGCCCCAAGGGCGUCAAGAAGAUGGCCGAAAAGCAGGAGGAGACACUUGCGGACAAGAUGGCCCCCUGGAAGACGACAAAAGCGUUCAUCGAUGCAUGCGCCCAAAAGGCCAUGCUUCAGCUGCAUGGCGAAGGCGAUCCAACAGGGCACGGGCUGGGGUUCAGCUUCAUCCGCACCUCCAUGAAGGGCGGGUACAUUGAGGCUGUUCAGGGCCCGUUGGCGACGUCGGCAGACGCCAUGGAACGCGAGAAGCGCGCCAACGGCGGCCAUGCCUACAACGUCAAGAGACAGCAAGCCAUGUACGAAGAAGGCAUCAAGGAGAUUUGGGACAAGCAAAAGGCCACGCUGUCCGACGCCCAGGAACACGACGACAGGGACGUCGUCGCCACCGAAGACGAGGACGAUCGGUUCAACGUGCAUGCAGCGGCGACUCCGGCGCAGUUCGAGGAAGGCGCUAGCCAAAUUAGUGGAUUUACAUCGUCUAGCCGCCACCCGAAGAAAGCCAUACGCAUCACGAGGGAGGUUCGCCUGCCGGACGGCACGACCCAGUCGCGCGUCGAGGUGGUGCAUGAUCCGGUCGUCAUCUCACAGUACAUGAAGCGGCGCACGGAAGCAGACCUGGAAAUCAAAGACAUCUACAGCUCCAGGCCUACGGGUAAUGCCGAUCAUGACCGUCUUGCAGGCAUUAGAAUCAAGAAGGAGCUCGAACGACUCGAGAAGAACAAGGCCAGACGACAAGCUCGCGAACAGCAAAAGGAGCUCCACCAGAAGGCCAGCUCCGGCGACGCCGGAUCCCCCGGGGCCAUGGACAAGAUCCCCACUGGCACGACCCGAAAGUGCGCUAACUGCGGACAAGUCGGGCAUAUCAAGACGAACAAAAAGCUAUGUCCGUUGCUUAAUGGGACGAUGAAGACCGACAAGGGCGCAUUAGAACACGGCGGCUUUGGGAAUUACAGCGCGCCAACUAUGGGGGCAGGAUCGCCGGAUGCAUAG